AUGUUUCUAAUGGGAAUUAUGGUUCUAAUAGUAUCACAAAGGGUGUGGGGUAGUGAAGAUGUGAGUACAGGUGAGAUUAUAGGACUGGAGAAGUCUAUCCAAGAAGGUCAGGAGGAAAACCCACCUGGAAUUCUUUUUCAAGGAAACAAAGACUCAUACGAAGCGGGAAAUCCUACAGACAUACCCUCUAUAGAGGUACAGACUGAAGUUCGAACUGUGGUCAAGGAGGUUGUGGUAGAAGUUGAAGAGCCCAGGAAAGAUGCUCAGAUUCCCUCUGUAGCCCGAUAUGAGGGACAGAUAAAGACAGGUAGUAACCUGGACGAUACUCAAUGUAAAGGCAACGACAAUUACACUUUUGGAAGGGAGAGGUGUUAUAUCUUGACGAAGGACGUACAUGAUGGAGACCUGUCAAACAUCUCUGCCUUUGUAGAGGGACAGAACGGGAAGAUCAAGAGACAAUAUACUAAGAAUGUUACAGGUGUGUCCUUUUGCUCAAACAAUGAGAAUGUGAUGAAAAAAGGUAGUGGGAUUGGCAUGCAUAUAGAGGAAGACAAGAUAUACGGUGUGUCUGCAUUUCAGAAUAGCAUUCCAAACUACAUGUAUCUGAUGAAGUAUUAUGAAAAUAUCAUCUUCAACAACUACUUUUAUGACAACUGGAUCUUCCGAGUACUUCAGAUCAAAAGAAUGAUGGCAAGUUUUUUUGGGUUCUACGAAUAUUAUCAUACUGGAAAGGGAGUAAGCAUAUUUCUCCUGGAUACAACAGUCAAACCUGUAAACAACGUCUGCAAUCUAAGUGGACGUCUCGAAUCAUGCAACACGCACGGAGACACGAUGGCCUCUCUUCUGGUGGGAAGAGAUACUGGAUUUGCCAAGGACAGUCAUCUGAAUGUCCUUGAUGUAGUCGGGUGCGAUGGAAAGGUUAUGCUUUCUGACAUGAUUUACGGAUUAGAAAGCCUUGAAAGCAAAGGAGGGCCAGGGAUUCUUGUUUUUGGGGUUUCCGGGCCUUAUUCCGAGGCUUUAAACGCUGUUGUCGACCAUAUAUCUAGUCGAGGAAUGGUAGUUGUCACACCCGCUGGAAAUCUCCACGACCAGUCCUGCAAUUACUCUCCUGGAAGCUCGAAGUCAGUCAUCAACGUCGGGUCUGUAAACAAGUAUGCUGGAGUAUCCAAAUUCUCAAAUCAUGGAGAUUGUGUGAGGAUAUUUGCACUGGGAGAGGAGGUUCUUCGAGAAAACAGUGCUGCAGGGACUAGCCUAUCGGCAGCAAUAGUUGCAAGCUCGAUUGCUCUUUUCCUAGAAACAUCUCCAAGAGCUACAUUCUCUCAAAUCUGGGGAUAUCUGAAUCAGAACUCAUUCUGGAAUAGCAGAGGAUCAUACAAUGUGCUAAAGAUACCUCGUUUGGAAUGUGGAAGCCGUUCUCAACGAUCUAUUUUCCACUUUUGGGGAUUUCCUAGCGAUGUUAUCACAAUUGUAUUCAUUUUCCUUGCCAUCUUCAUCUUGUCAUAUCUCAUCUUUAUUGGAAUACGUUAUUUCAGAAGGAGAGGGGAGGCUCACGAAGAUAGCAUUCUCUUUGAUCCUCCAAUGGAUAGGUUUUAA